AUGACAAGUAUUUAUACAUCAGAUUUGAAAAACCAUAGACGUGCGCCACCUCCACCAAAUGGGGCAGCUGGCUCUGGCUCAGGUUCUAGUUCUGGUUCUGGCUCAGGUUCUGGUUCUGGUUCGGGUUCUGGCAGUUUGACUAAUAUUGUUACCAGUUCUAAUAGUCUUGGCGUAACAGCAAAUCAAACCAAACCCAUUCAAUUAAAUAUAAAUUCUAGCAAACGUCAAUCAGGUUGGGUUCAUGUUAAAGAUGAUGGUAUUUUCACAUCAUUUAGAUGGAACAAAAGGUUUAUGGUCAUUAAUGAUAAAACUUUAAACUUUUAUAAACAAGAACCAUAUUCUAGUGAUGGUAAUUCCAAUUCUAAUACCCCUGAUUUAUCAUUCCCACUAUAUUUAAUUAAUAAUAUUAAUUUGAAACCAAACUCCGGGUAUAGCAAAACUUCACAAUCAUUUGAAAUUGUUCCCAAAAACAAUAAUAAAUCAAUUUUGAUUUCUGUUAAAACCAAUAAUGAUUAUUUGGAUUGGCUAGAUGCAUUCACCACAAAAUGUCCUUUAGUACAAAUUGGUGAAAAUAAUAGUGGUGUAUCAAGUAGUCACCCUCAUUUACAAAUUCAACAUUUAACCAAUGGUUCUUUAAACGGCAAUUCAUCUUCAUCACCAACAUCUGGAUUAUCGUCUUCUUCAGUGCUAACUGGAGGUAAUUCUGGUGUCUCUGGUCCUAUUAAUUUCACUCAUAAAGUACACGUGGGAUUUGAUCCUGCCAGUGGUAAUUUUACUGGAUUACCAGACACUUGGAAAAGUUUAUUACAACAUUCGAAAAUCACUAAUGAGGAUUGGAAAAAAGAUCCUGUUGCUGUUAUUAAAGUUUUAGAAUUUUAUUCCGAUAUAAAUGGAGGUAAUUCUGCUGCUGGAACUCCAAUUGGAUCACCCAUGAUCAAUUCCAAAACCAACAAUAAUAAUAAUGACCCUAACAAUUACUCAUCAGCCAAAAACAAUGUCCAAGAGGCAAAUUUACAAGAAUGGGUAAAACCUCCAGCAAAAUCUACUGUCUCACAAUUCAAACCUAGUCGAGCUGCACCAAAACCACCAACUCCAUAUCAUUUGACACAACUAAAUGGCUCUUCCCACCAACAUACAUCAUCAUCAGGCUCAUUACCUAGUUCUGGUAAUAAUAAUAAUAAUAACAACAGCACUAACAAUAAUAAUACUAAAAACGUUUCACCAUUGAAUAAUUUGAUGAAUAAAUCUGAACUUAUUCCUGCUAGAAGAGCUCCACCACCUCCAACAAGUGGCACAUCUUCAGAUACAUAUUCUAAUAAGAAUCAUCAAGAUAGAUCUGGAUAUGAACAACAACGUCAACAACGUACUGACUCAUCACAACAACAACAACAACAACAAAAGCAACAUCAAUAUCAACAGAAAUCCCAACAACAACAACAACAACCAUUAUCUCUGCAUCAAGGUGGGACUUCGCAUAUUCCGAAACAAGUACCUCCUACAUUACCAUCAUCUGGACCACCCACUCAGGCUGCUUCAGGAAAAUCAAUGCCAUCUAAAAUUCAUCCUGAUCUUAAGAUUCAACAAGGCACAAAUAAUUAUAUUAAGAGUAGCGGUACUGAUGCUAAUCAAGUCGAUGGUGAUGCUAAACAAUUUAUUAAACCAUUUAAUUUACAACUGAAAAAGAGUCAGCAACAAUUGGCAUCAAAACAACCGUCACCACCUUCAUCUCAACAACAGCAACAAAAACCUAUGACAUCACAUGGAUUAAUGGGUACAUCACAUUCAGUUACUAAACCAUUGAAUCCAGUCAAUGAUCCAAUCAAACCAUUAAAUUUGAAAUCAUCUAAAUCCAAAGAAGCAUUAAAUGAAACUCUGGGGGUGCUGAAAACACCAUCACCUACAGAUAAAUCAAAUAAACCAACUGCACCUGCUAGUGGUCCUGCAGUGACCAAAACAGCUAAACAACUCAAGAAGGAACGAGAAAGAUUGAAUGAUUUACAAAUCAUUGCUAAAUUGAAAACAGUGGUUAAUAAUCAAGAUCCUAAACCAUUAUUUAGAAUUGUUGAAAAAGCUGGUCAAGGUGCUAGUGGGAAUGUUUAUUUGGCGGAAAUGAUCAAAGAUAAUAAUCGAAAGAUUGCGAUUAAACAAAUGGAUCUUGAUGCUCAGCCCCGUAAAGAGUUAAUAAUUAAUGAAAUCUUGGUUAUGAAAGAUAGUCAACAUAAAAAUAUUGUUAAUUUUUUGGAUUCUUAUUUAAUUGGAGAUAAUGAAUUAUGGGUAAUUAUGGAAUAUAUGCAAGGUGGUUCAUUAACGGAAAUCAUUGAAAAUAAUGAUUUUAAAUUGAAUGAAAAACAAAUUGCCACUAUAUGUUUUGAAACCUUAAAGGGGUUACAACAUUUACAUAAGAAACAUAUUAUUCAUCGUGAUAUUAAAUCCGAUAAUGUUUUAUUAGAUGCAUAUGGUAAUGUUAAAAUCACUGAUUUUGGAUUUUGUGCUAAAUUAACUGAUCAAAGAAAUAAACGUGCCACAAUGGUGGGGACACCAUAUUGGAUGGCACCUGAAGUGGUUAAACAAAAGGAAUAUGAUGAAAAAGUUGAUGUUUGGUCAUUGGGGAUUAUGACUAUUGAAAUGAUUGAAGGAGAACCACCUUAUUUGAAUGAAGAACCAUUAAAAGCAUUAUAUCUUAUAGCUACUAAUGGUACACCAAAAUUGAAAAAACCCGAAUUAUUAUCGAAUUCAAUUAAAAAAUUUUUAUCAAUUUGUCUUUGUGUUGAUGUUAGAUAUCGUGCUAGUACUGAUGAAUUAUUAGAACAUUCAUUUAUUCAACAUAAAUCAGGGAAAAUUGAAGAAUUGGCACCAUUAUUAGAAUGGAAAAAACAACAACAAAAGCAUCAACAGCAUAAACAAGAAACACUGGAUACAGGGUUUGCAUAA